GUCGAGGCUGACUAUAAAAAGCAUGGGCUGAGCAUUCAGAGUAUUGAUUCCAGGACUAGACACAGCAAACUAAGAUGUUGGGGCUACUUCUGGUACUUCUGCUCCCAGGUUGCCUCCCCCCUGGUGUAGCCGGCGGUGACACUGAGUCCAUUCAGCCCAGAAACCUCUUGCAGUUCAGCAAUUUGAUUAAGUGCGCCAUACCAGGGAGCCACCCACUUUUAACCUUCAACGACUACGGAUGUUACUGCGGGAUUGGUGGACAGGGGAAACCGGUGGAUGAGCUGGACAGGUGCUGUCAGACACACGACAAAUGUUAUGAUGGGGCUAAGAAAAUGGGCUGCAAAAAUUUUAAUAACCCCAAAGCUGUGGGCUACAAGUACACCUGUUCAAAAAAGACCCUGACUUGCGACAGUAAAAAUGAUAAAUGUGCGAAGUUUGUCUGUGAAUGUGAUCGCAAAGCGGCCGUUUGCUUCGCCAAAGCAUAUCCCACGUACAAAAAAAAAUACAAGGGUAUGAAGAAAUCCAGUUGUAAAUAGGACCUCAACGUGUCCCUGCGUUUACGAGUCUCCUCGACUCUGUGGGGAAUACUUGCCUUACAGGUUGCAUCCUGCAGUCUGCUUCCAGCAACUCGAGGAACCAUUGAUCGAUCUCCUUAUUUGCUACGUUAAUGUAAUCAGUAAUCUCAUUUAAAUCCAACACUCCUUAUCCCGCU